AUGCACUGCGACACGCCUUGCAGGUGCUCGCGCAAAUUCGUCCUAGCGGUGGUGCUUGGUCAGAUUUGUGCAAUUGGGAACUCUGCAAGUGGCGUGUUUAACGACCUUUUGUCAGGGAUUAACGUCUCUGUACCCUUCUUGCAGUCUAUGCUCUUCUACGGGCUGCUUCUAUUUUUAUGGGUACUGCCUUCCGUUCACAAGCUAUUCGUCCACCGUGCCCGCGAUGUAGGCUUUUUUCUUCUAUCUGGGAUCCUAGAUAUCACAGCAAACAGCCUUGCCAUAAUGUCAUUUGUUUACACAUCUGUCGGCGCCGUUCUACUCAUUCUUUGUCUCUCUACGCCCUUCUCCAUGAUCCUCUCGUUGAUCAUUACGAAAGCGCGCUUCUCGUGGAUGCAAGUGAUGUUUUCCUGCUUCGCUACGGGGUUCGCGAUAUUGUUUGUCAUUCUUGACACUAUGGGCGACGAGUCAAAACACAGGGUGCUUGGAGAUUUGCUUGCUGUAGCCUCAGCCUUUAUCUACGGGCUCACAUCCGUGAUAAAUGAGUUCGUCAUAGGCUCAUAUACACCUGUCCAAUUCCUUGCCAGGCUCAGCAUCGGCGCCUUUUCUCUCGCGCUUAUUCUGUUUCUCUGUUUCGAGGCAGACAACAUCCAGAUUUUGGCGACCCUUCGGCCGUGGUGGUAUAUCAUAGGAUAUCUCGUCAGCCUCGUGGUGAUGUACAGUGUUCUCCCGUUAGUGAUUAAGUACGGCGGUGCAGUUGUUUUCAAUAUCAGUCUCAUAAGUUGUAAUGUUUAUGGAAUGUUUGCGUCCUUGAUCAUAUUCAAGUACAAAUAUAUCCCUUGGAUUGCAAUCCCUGUCUUAGGUAUUAUCGGAUCACUGACGGGGUACUUUCUUUCUCCUUCCAGCUCUACCUGUUGCCGCAUAACACCUAUUUCUGUGGAAGCUGCGCCAGAGGGGACUCAGCAAAGCCAAGUAGACAUCUCGUUGAGCGUGUAG